CACACGGCAAACUCCCACAACAACAAAGAAGCAGCACGCACCACGACGACAAUCACCACGCACGGUGUGCACGCACUGCGUGCUGUCGUGGUGCACGUUACCACUUCCCCUUUGCCCCUUGCUUCAACACAGUUGGAAGCUGCGUGUUCCAGAAACGUACCAUCUGCAACAAGUGUCCUCGCUGGCUAAACCUGGUCAGCAGCUCGCGUCAUCACUGCAAGCUCCAUCAGCACUGCCACAAUUCGUGCCAUGUGUUGGUCGCAGUGCCAAGACAGAACCCGCCCGUGCAGGCCAACAGCCCAUGCAACUUCCCAUACGAGCUGCUCACAACCCCGUCUGCAUUCACAUACCCAAGCCGAGCACGUACCUUGUCCACUAUGCAACAACAUCCAAAUGCAAAUCAGGGACGAGGUGAGCACCGAGGCACACCAACGAGCCGCCCUCCCGUGUUCGUUCACCCUCAACGCGUCUCGCGCGACGGCCCAGAAUGGAUGAGACGCCAGCACGUCGUGGGCAAGUCCGUCAGAGUUUUCCAUCCACCAUCCACGGCCUCAACCAUCCCCCCGCCACCUCAGCACAUGAGCACUAACCACUCUGUGAUCAUGGGUUCAGCACGAUGCAACGCACAGCAGCUUUGCACCACACCUAAACAGGGAGACGAACCACCCCAUCCAUCCAUAUUUGCACGUCCCCACAGCCGUGCACCGAUCUGCAACAGCGAGCAGAUGCGACAACAAGCUCGGGUAUCUCCACAUUUUCCUGAUUGUACUCCCAACGUCAACGAUCCAAACAAGACGCGCUCACGCAGAAGACGACGACAAGUUGACGACAGAUAGCGCACUUGAAAGACGACCCCAAACAGGCAGCUCCACACCAACGAUUGGAAAGUCAGCAACGGGCAACGCUCGUGAACUGAGUCAUCACGUCAGCCACAACUCCUGCCUCAACAUCAUCGAACACCUUACUUGAACGCGCACACAGCCACAGGCAAGCCAUGAAGAAGCGUAACAAGAACGCAGCCAAACCACCAGCAGCGACUAUGACAACAACACCACCAGCACCGUCACUUCGCUUCACGCCCACGAUGGCGCGUGUUCUCGGCAUCAUCGCGUCUUGCCUGCUGCUGGCAGCAGGCUCAACUGCACAGUCCCUUCGCGAUUUCGAGAUUGCACACGCCGGAUCCACAGACAGCCCUGCUCCUUCAUGUCAGACCCGCUACGCCCCACGCGUGUACGCUGCAGACCCGCCGUGUGGGUUCCAAGACAGGGAUGGCACCGUCAGGCUCAGCACAGGCAUUGAUCCGGCUGUGCAAGGCGAUGCGAGGGCCACGUGCGCAUUCUGGCUUCCGUUUACCGUCGCCCACAACACCACCACCCCUGGCCCCAACGGAACGACAAUCAUCACCACAACGUCGUCCUUGAAGUGGUCCUGCUCGUGGCACGGGUGCGAGGCGUCUGCGACGGUGGUUGACGGGGGCAACGCGAUUGUGUGCGCGGUGCCGGGCAACAUGCCGACGAACAUCACGGCGACGGGGCCGGACGGCAGCCAGGCCGUGCGGGUGACGGUGCGGGUGUGGCACGCGCAAUACGCGGGCGGCAGCGGGGACAGCGCGUGCCAGUCGCACGGCGGAGAGCCACCGGCGCUGUGGGACCAGCACGACUACGUGGUGGCGCACCGCAGCUGCGGGUGCCCGCCCGGCGUCGGCUACGUCGAGUGCGAGGAGCCCGACAUGUGCCGCACGCACCGCUGCCUGGCGCACCCGCGGGCGGUGUGCGAGGUGAGCCACUGCGGGGUGUGCGCGGUGCGGUUCUACGCGGAGAAGCGCAGCUCGUACGAGGGCGUGGCGCCGCUGGACUGCCUGCCGCGCGACAAGUGCACGGGCGAGUGCCGCAAGGAGUUUGAGGCGUGCUCGCAGUACACCGGGUGCAGGGAGGCGCUGUACCGGCUGGUGGACGAGCGGGCGUCGUCCGGCACGUGCAACGGCACAUGCCACGAGCGGCUGGCGGUGCCGACGGAGCCCGGCCGCACGCUGUUUGACCGCGUGUGGUCCUGCUACCGCACGUGCGAGGAGCGGGAGACGGUGCACACGGUGUGCGCGCUGCCGCCGCGGGCCGGGCAGUGCAAGGGGCGCAUGACGCGGUGGUACUUUGACAGGAUCACGGGCAAGUGCCGGCAGUUUGCGUAUGGCGGGUGCGGCGGCAACGGCAACAACUUUGAGACGAGGGAGGCGUGCGAGCAGCGGUGCGAGCUCGGGGCGUGCUGCACGCGGCGCACGGUGCUGGACGACGUCGGGUACGACGCCAACGGGUACGACCAGUUUGGGUACGACCGGCGCGGGUAUGCGCGGGACGGGUUCUCGCGGCGGCCGUGGACAUACGCGGAGUUUGUGCGAAACACGUUUGACCUGUUUGGGCUGGACGAGCGCGGGUACGAUCCGCGCGGGCUGGACGGGUCUGGGUUCUCCGUGGACGGCAUGUCGCAGAACAUGAGCCGCGACGGCCUGCAGUUUGAGUACCUGGAGGAGCAGAUGUACGACGCGUGGGGCGUGGACAGGGCCAACAUGAGCAGGCAGGGCUUUGACCUGCGCGGGUACGGCUACAACGGGCUGUACCGGCAGGCAGAGUACACGUGCCAGCAGACGACGCGGGAGCAGUGCCAGGCGCUGGAGGAGGGCGAUCCCAACACAGACGUGGUGUCGUUUGUGCGCGGGGUGGCGUGCGGGGACAGGCAGUGCGGCAACCCGCAGUGGCAGGAGCCGCGGCAGUGCAUCUACCAGGGCCGGCGGUACAACUACGGCGAGACGUUCCGCUACGCCUGCCAGUGGUGCGUGUGCGGGACAGACGGGGCGGUGACGUGCCAGUGCACGCCGCGGCGGCGCCGUGAGAUAAGGGACCUGACGCUUGACGAGGUGCAGACGUACAUUGACGCCAUCUGGCGCCUGUACAACAGUGGCAACAGGUGGAACGAGUUUGUCAACAUGCAUCUGGGCGCGGCAACCACAGCGCAUGGCAACCCGACCUUUCUCCCCUGGCACCGAGAAUUCACAAACCAGUUUGAGCUUGCGCUGCGGGAGGUGACUGGCAACUGCGACUUCACGCUGCCCUACUGGGACUGGACAAUCGACAGCAGCUCGCCCGAGACCUCGCCUGUGUGGAAUCUCAUUGGCGGCAAUGGCCAGGGUGGCAACAACUGCGUGCAAGACGGCCCCUUCGCCGGCUUUCGUCCGUGCCUCCGUCGAAACUGGGAUUCAAGCGUGUCGAUUCCUUCGAUCGCAGAUGUGACCAACGUGCUGAGAAUCCGGGAUUACACCACCAUGUCGGCACGACUCGAAGCCAUUCACGGCAACGCCCACAACUUCAUCGGCAGUCAAAUGUCCACCAUGUCUGCACCCUACGACCCUGUCUUCUUCUUGCAUCACGCAUACGUCGACAAGCAGUGGUACGACUGGCAAGUCGUGCUCGGAAACGGCAACGACUUUACACCUGAGCGACUCCACGACACGAUGGACCCGUUUCCCAAGACGCCGGCAGACGUGCUUGACAGCGAGGGCCAGCUGUGCGUGGUGUACGAGCCGCCUGGCCGCACGCCGCCCUGCAACGAGGCACUCUUUGGCGGUUCCUAUGAGACAAAGGGAUACUACGCACCCGGUGCCCGGCCGCAGUACGACCGCGACGGCUACGACAGGGAUGGAUAUGACAGGCGUGGACUUGACAAGCUCGGGCGGAACCGGGAUGGGGUGCGUGUUGGCGGGGUCACUGCGACGGGGUUCAACACGGCCGGAGUGGACAGCCGCGGGUGCAGCAUCAUGCAUCCGAUGCCGCUGUACAUGCGCGACGUGUUCCAGGCGCAGCGGGAGCUGUACCGGCGCAUCCAGGCCAACGCAUAUGUGCAGCCCGCGCGCACGUGCAGCCCACUGCAGCCGCUGCCGGCGUGGUGGAAGGCGUCCAUGUGGAUGUCGCGCGGCGGGCUGUACGGGGCGAUCAUGGAUGCGUACGAGGCGUACCUCGAGGAGGCGCUGGUGAGGCAGCCGGACGAGUGGCAGCGGGACAGGACGCAGUCGCAGCCGUCGAUCCUGGAGGACCUGUGCUUUGCGGCGGACGACCUGACGCUGCGGCAGGACGACAGCUGGCGGCCGGGCGACGACUACCAGUGCCCGCCCGGCUUGCCGCGGCAGAACUGCGAGUGGAAUCCCUGUGCGAAUGCGACGUGUCCCGGGUCGCCGGACGCGACGUGCUGGGUGAACCCCUGCGGGCGGUGCCGGCCCGAGUUCUACCGGGAGGACGGGUCGCGUGCGCGCUGCUACUCGACGUGCCCGGUGGAGGAGGGCACGUGCACGUUUGACCCGUGCGCGUAUGCGACGUGCGAGGCCAACCCGGAGGCCGUGUGCGAGACGAGCCCCUGCGGCGGGUGCGAGGUGGAGUGGAGCGACCCUGAGACGGGCGAGCCGGUGACGUGCGAUGUUGAGCCGGACUCGUGCGCUGCGCAGGGCCAGACGUAUGUGUGCGGGGAGGACGGGCAGACGUACGACAACGUGUGCUAUGCGCGGGAGGCUGGGGUGAAGAUUGCGUACGGGGGGCUGUGCGUUGCGUGCGAGCGGCUGUGCCCGCCGGAGGGGAUGGCGGCCAAGGCGUGCGGCGAGGACUGGCAGACGUAUGCGUCUGUGAACUUCUUCAAGGCGUCUGACGCGGGGCGGCAGCAGCUGUGCAACGAGCACACGUCGUGCCUGACGACGGUGGCGCGGAGCGCGGACAACCGGUGUUUCUGGAACGAGGACACGCGGCGGUGCAGCUGCCAGCCGUCGGACGUGGUGUGCACGGCUGGUGCGCACGAGUGUGCGCGGUGCUGCAACGACGACCUGCGGCGGUGCCUUCGCUGGGGGCAGGACAGCGUGGACACGUGCUGGCGGGAGGCGUACGUUGCGUGCACGGUGCAGUGUGCGGAGGAGUACGAUGCAGCCAAGCUGCCGGUAGCCGCGGCCUCUGUUGGCAGUGUUGAUGAUGGCGAUGGCGGCGAUGGCGGCGAUGGAGGGAUUAACAUCUUCCUUGGAGACGAUGACAUGGUGCACAGCGGUAACGACACGAACAGCACUGCGCCUGGCCCCACUGGCCCGCUGGACACGGUUGUGUUCCGUGUUGGGCUGCGCGGACGCCCGAGCACGACGAUGGACGCGGCGCAGUUUGCGGAGGCGACAAGCCUUGCUGUUGGGCGGGCGUCGUUUGUGCCGUCGGCGAUGCGUGUAGUUGGGGCGAGCGCGAUGGCUGCGGAGCGGCUGGGCAACACCACGGCCGGGGUUGAGCUUGAGGUGAACGCGGAGAGCAGCGACGGGUACGCGGUGCAGGCUGCGCUUGAGGCCGCGGUGGUGGAGGGCCGGCUGGCAAAGGAGGUGGCCAUCUACACCGGCAGCGCCACCACAGACGACGUCAUGCUGGUUGGAGCUGUGGAGGUGAUUGAGCCACCAACCACGCCUGCACCGACUGACGAUCCAAAGGUCAACCCACGUGAGUCCGAUGCAGCCAUCCCGAUCCCAGCCAUUGCUGGUGUUGUUGCGGCCCUGAUUGUAAUUGUCGGCUGCAUUCUCGCUGUCGCAAUUGUUCGCAAGCGCUCAUGUGUCCGCCCGAAAGCGUCAGAGUCGACGUCGCCUGCUGGGCCGCGUGGCGUCACCACCGUUGGCGACAACUGA